GCGGCCCCGGGGGCGCUGACCAAGUGCCAGUUGCCGAGUCCCCAUCCCGAGGCUAGGAGGAAGGCGAGGAGAAGCAGAACGCAGAGGCACGGGGCCCACGCACACGGCGAUCGCCGCCCCAGCUCGGGCAGCGCCCCUGUAGAUCCGCUGCUCCCGCAGGUCACGCCCACCCCGAGAGCCCGCAGCCCAGAUGGAGACGGUGCAGGAGCUGAUUCCCCUGGCCAAGGAGCUGAUGGCGCAGAAGCCCAGUGCGAAGCUGGUGCGAAUGUACCUGCUGGGCGGCGUGCUGGCGCUCUUCGGCGCCGUGCUCGGCCUGAUGGAGGCCAUGUGUGGCCCCUUCGCGGCCGCCGGCCGCCGGCGGGAGCGCGAGGCGACCCUGGCCGAGCUGGGGGAGCCGGCCCCGCGGGAGCAAGGCAAGCCACUGGAGGCCGCCCAGGCCUGCCGGGCCCUGUCCAACCGGCUGCACGCCUCCUAGGAGCUCGGGGGCCGGCGGAGGGAAAGGAAGAGAGACCCCGGAGAGGGGCGAGUGAGCCAGGGCCGGAAGGGCAGGCUCAAGUGGGCGUGCUGUGCUGUCUGAACUUGCUUCUGAGAAGCCACCGACUUCUAGAACUGAACUACCACGCGGAUCCGCCAAAAGGAGCUUGGGACUGAGUUCGCUGCUGUGCAGCACUGCAGGAAGAUGCCACGUCCAAGCUAGGUACAUUCCAGCCACCUGAGUGCAUCUAACAUUUUGCACGAGGGUGAAAGGAGAAACGCUUUUUAUAUUAUUGUUGUUGUUAUUAUUACAGUGAUUGCGUUUUGAAAUAAAAAACCGUUUUGUAUAUA